GUGUGUUAGCAGCCAGAGAGGAAGAAGGAUGAGGAAGUGGUUGGUUCGGAGGACUGGAUGUGAUGAUGUCGCUGUGAUGCACCAGCAACCUUCAGUGGAGCGCUAGCUGGGCAGCCAGAGACCGGUGAUACCUGACAAUGAGAUGGGAAACUGCUGGACUUACUGCGUGGGGCUCUUCAGGAGGGAAACUAACAGGAUCCAGAGAGGAGGCGGGUCAAAGUACUUCCGGAGUACUACUACAGGAGAGCAUUACACAAUAGAGUUUGAAAACCUGGUAGAAAGUGAUGAGGCUGAGAGCCCAACACCAUGUCCAAGGCCCAUCAGUGAAGACGAGCUCAAGAACCUCAGAGAAAAUCGCUAUGCUGCUAUCUCAGACAAGCAAGUCCUGAUAGACCAAAAGCUGCAAGUUGAGUUAGAGGCACAGGAGGAGAAGUUAAGGCUAGAAGAGGAGGCUAGAAAUGUCGCCCAGCGCAAGGCCGCCAAGCUGGCUCGUGAGCGAAAAAUGAAGGAGCUUUCUGCCCAGAGGACACGGGGGAUUGCAGACGGCUCUGGCGCUGAAACGCAGCAGAAACAAACCUCUGGGGAGGAUUUCAAUGUCUACCUCCAGAACAUCAAAGCCCAGUCAGAUGCUUUCAGGAGCAACAGACUUCCUUCUGAAACAAACACAGUGACUCCCAACACAGAGUACAGCUGGGAUUUCACCACUAAGACCCGCUCCACCAAUGAUGACGGGACCUCGCUGGAUUUAGAGUGGGAGGAUGAGGAAGGAAUCAACCGAGCACUCCCGGCCUGGGAGCGCUCUCGGACCGAGGAGGACAUCUUACGAGCGGCUCUGAGGCCCGGCAACAAACAAAUGACCAGUGGGCCGACCUCGGCCUCCGAGGACUCCAACGCUCUGGAGUGGGAGAAUGAUUUCGUGAGUACUCACCCAGAGGACAGCGGAGACGCAGAAUUCGAAGGGUUUGUCAAUCCAGUCUUAGACACUCCCUCGGAGGAUGCGUCGGACCCUGGCCUCAGGUCGGACAACCAGGACAGAUAGUGUCCAGCACCAAAGGAGACGUUUGUCGUGGCCUCACCAGCUUUCUGCCUCGUGAAUCAGAAAUGUACUUCAUCAUAUUCUGUAAUGAAUCUCUCAUGCUGGAGAGACUGUUAAUGGAUCCACCAUAGUGCAGUCUGAAGAUUUUAUCAAUCAUGUUUUUUCAGUGCCUUCAUCUGCUACACUAUCUGACCAUUGAGCAUUGUAACUCGACUUUCUUCACCGUUUUAAACAUUGUUCAGUAAGUGCUUUUCUUUUUUUUUGGAUGAUCAGUGCUCGAGUGGCCGGACUAAAACCAGAUUGUUGCCAGGAAACUUUACCAUGACCAGUAACUGUAAAAACAAAAGGAUGCCUUAGGAGCUGUUCAGUACUUUCACGUGAAAAGGGUGACAUUUCACGAGGGGUUAGUUUAGCAAACAGGAAGGCAAGGUGUCAUUUUAACAUCUCAGUGCCUGGGGACCAAAUGCAGCUCAGAGUCCAGACAGAGUGGCACAAAUGCUUUGGCUUUUUAUUAUUUAUGAGGACGAAAUAUUCAAAAGCAGAAAUGGAAUCUAUUGAAACUGGGAUCUUAUUUUGGUUUUACCCUUUUUAAUUUUGUCGAUUACAGCAAAACAGAAACUGAAGUCUGUAUUCUAGAGAUGCAGUUAAAAUCAGAUACAAACACUGUAAAAAAUGUCGGACUAAACUCUUCCUGUUUUUAGGUCAGUGAGGAGGAUCAAAAUUAUUUACAAAUAAUUUGCCAAAAUGUCAUGAAAAUGAGAAUCUUUUGAGAUUUUGUUUUAACUUACCGUAAAUUCAGAGGUUUACAUACAUUUCCUUAGUAUUUAAUAAAAUAGCUUUUUAAUCCAGUUGACUUGGGUGAGAUGUUUUCUCUGGUAUCCUUCUAAAAGCUUCUGACAGUGGUUUGGCCCAUUCCUCCUGACAAAGCUGCUGUUACUGAGUCAGGUUGGUAGGCUGCCUUGCUCAUGCACAACUUUUCAGCCCUACAUCCAUGUUUUCUAUGGGACUGAGAUCAUUGCUUUGUGGUGAACGCGUUUGCUUUGUUGGCCUUAAACCAUUUAGUAACUCAUUGGCUGUAUGCUUAGGGUUAUUGUGUAUUUGGUAGACCUAUUUGCACCUAAGCUUUCCUUCCCUGGCUGAUGACCCAAACUGUUGCUUCAGUGUUUCCACAUGAAUGUUCUUUCUUCUUGGUGCUGUUUAUUUUGUAAUGUGCACCGUUCCCUCCUGCAGAAAAUUACCCAGGAUGUUGGGUGCACCAUGCUUCAGUGGUGAUGAUCUUCUCAGGCUGGCAAGCUUCCCACCUUUCCCUUAAAAUGUAACAAUGGUCAUUGGAGCCAAAUACUUCUACUGAUUUUAGCUCCUUCAGACCACAGGACAUGUCUUCAGAAAUGAAGCCAUUUGUUUCCGGUGUGUAUUUGCAAGCUGUAAUCUGUUCAUGUUGAUUUUUGGAGUAUCGGCUCCUUCUUCUUUAAGUGGCCUUUCAGGCCCCCUCGUUACAGAAUGCCUUUCAUUGUGGAUGAUGACACUCCUUAACCAGCUUCAGCCAGUAUCUUGAGAAUGUGUUUUGCUUUUCUUCUUGAGUUGAUGCACACAUUUUGUAUAAAAACGUGCACAGAACCAGCCUCCUUCCCAAAGUAUUUAUACUUGCAUGUAAGUGUUUGAACAGAUGAACUUUCAGCUUCAGGAAUCUGCUGAUGGCAGUUAAGGAUGAACCAGACUUGUGGAGGUUCACCACCGUCUUCCCCAUAUCUUGGCUGAUUUUCUUAUGACUUUUGCAGGACCUCAUGCAGGUGACAUCACAGCAGUUGGUGUUAUAGGCCACGACAUCACCAUUGGGCCUUUUUCUACAUGGGUUUAAAGGCAUAGUGAUGUUAGUGUAUGUACAUUUCUGAAUCUGAAAGAAAAUCAUAAAUGAAUCAAAAUUCUCUCUAAUGUUAUUCUGGUAUUUUGCAUUUAGAUAUAAUUUGUGCAAUCCUACCUAACCUAAAGCAGGAAACGUCUAGUUUGAUUUAAUGUCUGACAAGUAAAAAAAAAAAGAAAAGUGUUCUUUUUAAACAUUAUAUCUAUUUUCAUCUGUAGGUAGCGUCUAUUUGUUCUCUUUCUUUUUUGCAGACAUCUAAACAUACAGCCUCUGUACCUGGGACGCUUUGCUCACUUGUUUAGUGUGGCUGAUUGCUGCCAAUUCUAGCGGACCCUCAACAUAAUUGCACAAAUGUUCUCUACGUCAAGUUUGCGCAUUCAUGAGUAAAACGAAUAUGGUUACUGUUGACAUUUUCGACGAGCUAUUAGCAUUUUCAGACAACUAUUUAGCAGAAAAAAAUCGAUAGAUGUAAAAUUCCUCCAUGACCAAGAAGAUUGUGUUUUACAUCCAACCCAAGUUCAUGGAAGAAAAAAAACGCUGCUCUGACAAUAAAACGUACCCGUUAUCAAACAGACUAUUUUACUGCAACACUUGCAUUCAGCUGUGCUGCUGAACACCACACAUUAACUGCAUUCAGUCCCGUUUUAAACCGGCGUUGAUUGAUGCUCUCGUGGAAUCAACAGUGGAAAAAUGUUUCAAACUGUAAAAACUUACAAUCCCAACCAUACCAUCAGUGUUUGUGCAAACAUCACCAGGGUUUAUCUUUAUUAUCACAGGAUGAUCACUUCUUAUCAGGACAAAAACCUUUCCACAGUAGCCAUAACCUAUUGGAUAACUGCACAUCCAUUAAAAAAAAGAUCUUCCAUCACUAAAUGCCAGAGGUUUAACUGGCUAACACUGGGGACACUUUAUGCAUGUUCUUUCCUUUCAGACUGUGUGCCACAUAUUACCAUGUUUCUCCCUUUUAGGACUAUUUCUCAAUAAUAAAAUCGAUUUCAAGUCACAAAAACCCAUAUUUAAAGUUUUUUGUUGAUGAAGAAAGUCAUAGCGGUGAUAUAUAACCAGAAAAGGUUGAUGGUUGGGGGAAAAACCGAUAGAGGUUGGGUCUAAGUAAUCCUUAAGUUUUACAAGGCUUUUUAAGGGUCUUAUUCGGUUAAACUGGUCUAGUUGCAAACUUAAAGUGAUUAAUGUGGGGGAUUUCUAUUGCUUCCAGCAGACAGAUGUGCUUUAUUUUUUUCUAAACGUUAAAAUUGACCACAUAAUGUCAGUUUCAUGUCUGCGUGGUUUGAGGGCUUUUACUUUAAAGUGGCUGUGUCUGAAAGAAUCUUACAUAAUUGAACUUGCAAAUAUUCAUUCUGCAGAUUGUUCUUCCAGAGCAACCUGUGCGCAAAACAAUCCAAUUGCAGUACUGUAUGAAAUCCUGGCAUAAACAUGCGUGCAUGUAUACAUACUUGUGUCCUAGUUUCAGGUUACAGGGGGCUUGACUUUGUCCCAGAAAUCAGUGGACAGCAGGCAGGAUAGUAGCUUUAUCAAGUAGAAAAAGGUCUCAAAACUCUUUAAAAAAAAAAAAAAAGUCAACAAUUUCCAUGAAGAGGUUUUAGGUUUUGUCUGCACUGUAUCUAAUCUUUGUGACUCGUUUGGCAGUGAGCAUUCAUCAGCACGGCAUGUUGGCCAGCUACAAUCAGACAUGGUGUACCCACAGCGCAUGCACUCUUAGCAGAGCAGCUUUGCUAAUAACAGUGACCUCAAAUCAAAAGGGCCUGUGUGACGUUCUGAAUGUCGGCACCAUUAAAUAUAAAAUUCUAUGUUUAACUUGAAAUGCGUUUUGUUGUUCUUCAGCAGGAUCUUUUGUUUCUGGCCUGUAAACAUUGAAGCAAACAGCCUGAGCGUGAUUCCACCCUCUUAAAUUAGUCUUUGUAGGGUAAUGGGAGAAAUCCAAAGCCUAGCAGGUUGGUAAUAUUUAAUGCCAAAGUGAGGUAGAAACCUUGUGUAAUAUUUUUUUUUUACUCUAAUAAAUAUCCAGGUUACUCUGAACUGCAAACUUUCAUUAAUCUGAUUCUUGUGAUGUGUGAACAGGAAUACAGUUGGCAUGGCCUAAACUGUUGUAAACAACAUGAAACUGAUCACAAUUGUUCCUAUAUUAUCACAUGUGGAAGGGGUUUCUCACAUAUUUCACUUACUUUGCUUUAAUCAGAUCUAGCACAUAGGUUGCAGCUGUAUGUGGGGAUUUUAGUGGAUCCUGAAGAGAAUAUUCACUGAUGACUGUAGGGUGGAGGAAAAUGAUUUGAGGAAGGGUCACCAUGGAGUGUGUGGAAGAGACACGAGUUCACUUUCAGAUUCCAUCAGCAUCAUUUUCAACACCAUUCAAUAGUAUGUUUUGUCAUGAUUGUUGUUUUGACAUUUGUUUAAUCUUUGAAAAUUCUGUAAAAAGAAAAAUUAUAAUUCAACAUUCCUUGUCACAAUGAGCUUGAAGAAGAAAAUAAAAUGCAUAGUUUUAAAAACA